AUGAAACGCACCGUGCCACGAAGCACUCUGAAGAACCUGGUGAAGAAGCACAAGCCCCAGCUCCGUUUGGGCGGCAACACCGACUUACUAGUACAUUUGAACUUCUUAUUGUUCAUGUUUCGGUUAGCAGAAGAAGCCAGGACCCAGGCUAUUGAAGAAAAGAGUAAAAUAAUUAAAUAUGAACAUGUGGUCUCUUCUGCAAAGAUAAUUUUAAAGAAGAGUCGAGGCUAAAGGAAAGAGUUCUUAAAUUCAUUACAUUCGCAGGGUCUUUAUACAUGAUGGAAUUUAGAUAUUUGUGUUUUAUAGUUUCAUUUUUUUGUGUUAAAUAAUGUCUUUAAAAUAAAUCUUAAUUCAAUAUAGUCUUUGAUGAAAUUUAGUAAAUGAUUUAGUGACUGAAAUAGUUUUAAUAUUUAUUAUAAAAUAUUUUUCUUUUUAUAAUGAUUAUAUAAGAUUCCUUAUCAGAGAUCUUUAAACAUAACCAUAACUGAUAGUCAGUAUGUAUUCCUGCAAACCUUUAAAAACCAAAACUUUAUUAUUUGGAGGAUAUUUUUAAUGUGCAA